AUGGAUGAACCAGUGACAGAGGAACUGUAUCACUCAUCUUUAUGGAUGAUAUUAAGCUAUGCUUCUUGUGUCAGUGAGAGUGCCAUUGUUGAGGUCUCUGCCAACCCUGGCUCUAACCCAACUGCCAAAACUUCUGAUGCUGGCCGAUCUGCACUGGACUCAGAAAUGUAUCAGAAAGUCAAGAAAAUAACAUGCAAACCGAAAACUGGGAAAAUUACAGCCUUCAUCUCAAAAGAACAGUUUCUGAAGUUUUCAGCUGGGAAGAAUUGUCUGUUCUGUUUCAAGGAAGUGGCCGCCACAGAGCACCAUCUGCUCAAAAGACAUUAUAAUUUAGCUCUUCAUUUUCUUCGCGAUGGCAUCGAAAGAUUUGUGAUCCCGUGUAUGUGUUCAGAAAAAAUCCAGAAAAGAAGUCACUGGCACUGCCCUUGCUGCCAUGACAUACUUACUCGACGAUGUCUGUUUCAGGACCACAUAUGGAAAAAACAUGGUUAUUCUGUGCUGAAGCCAAACCGAGUGACGGGGAAAAAUCGGCCAUCCUCCAAUGAAGCAAACCCUUCAGUUCUUGAAGACUUUCUUCGGAAAGAGUUCAGUAGUCAGAAAGAAAGAAAAGAGGGAGCAGAAAAAGACAAAGUUCUAAACAUGGUGGAUGUCAGGCACAUCGGCAGCAGUCAACCAGAGCAUCACAAUCUUUACCAAAGUCAAGCCCAAGAAGAAGACAUGCACAUCUGUUUGGAGGACUCUUCCAUUGAUAAGAAUUCUGGAACCCCUCAGCUUAUGGAGACUCAUCAGAAUGGUGGUGUUGGUAAAGGGCUGGAUUCAGCAGGCAAAGGUUUCAGCAAUACUGGGGAAUCGAAGAAAAGCAAAGGAGCAUCCUCGAGCUCAGAUGAUCGAACCUGGGGUCAGCUUUGGCUGGUUCUCCUCACAGUGGAGAUGCGGGCCCCAGGGGAACCAGAUCUCCAGAACCAUCAAGGAUAA